AUGGACUCGAUCAAGUCUAUCCAGAAGGGAGCCGAGAUGAAAUACCAACCAGAUACCUCAUUUCGCUUCAUUGCGAUCCAAAGCCCGGCUGCUGCGAAAGACCCUACAACUAGACGCUUAGCUCGAUCACAUGCAAUUAAGCAAGCUAUCAGAGCAAAACGUGAGCUUCAGGAAAGGCAGAAUGCUAAAUCUCCUAGCAUAACACAUGAGAGUCCACACAACAAAACGGCGGGUUCUCCAUCCUCCACUACAUCAGCGCUCUCUCCUUCGAGUAAAUUAUUCGACUUGCAGACCAUCGACGCGUCGAGACUUAAAGCAUUGAUAAAACAGAACUCGGAGAGGCAAGCGGCUGAGCCUGUGUUCAGCUUACAAGAGGACGUCGUCGAGUUUCAGGCAUUCGAAUCAGUUUUUCUUACCGGCGUUGAUGACCCUGCACUAUUGAAUGCGGUUAUGCUCACCUUCGCACUUGGAGUGACUGAUGGAAAUAUUAAUCAAGAAUGUCUCGGGUAUUUGAAUCGAGCAACCAAAUCCAUUCGCGAACGGAUGGAUCGUCCAGAGAACGCUGCUUCGGUGGCGGUCAUAGGAGCCAUUUUACUCCUCGCAGGCGUAGAGGCUCGACUGGGAAUGCGCUCCCAAGUUCAAUUGCAUAUGAAAGCAAUACACCAACUGCUCCAAUUAUGCAGUGACGAGAAUAUUUACUUGAAUGGCAGUAUCAAACGUGCCAUUUUCUGGCAAGAUUUAAACUGCGCCGUUAUUGCUGGAUCUCCUCGACUAUUCGAUCACACAACUUUUGUUGAACUAGAAUGGAGAAGAGAUCCAUUCACUCCAAAUUUCUAUACUCUUUCGCCAGGGUUCCGGGCACGGGCUCACUUAUUUCCCGACGAAUUCAUCAGAGUAUUAGAAGACACACACGCACUGCAGUGUAUUCGGGACUCGCCCAACUUUGGCUGUCGUGACACUGGAGAGAUGAUGCGAUACGAUAGCCAUCAGGGAUCGGUCCAAUCCAGACUUGUUGACUUGCCAAAGGAUUCUCUUUUCCUAGAGUGCUGUUAUCUUGCCAUAUACAUAUCAGCUUGUCAGCUAUGCUCGAAAGCUUGGAAAGCUUUGGCAAUUCCUGGUCAUUUGUCAACUGUGUUGCUCGAAAAACUGCGACAAGCGGAUAUUAAUGGCGUUUGGGAUGACGACCCUGAUCUUUUCCUCUGGCUUCUAUACACCGGUGGAGCUUAUCUGUCUACCGGUCCAACACGCUCGGCUUAUAUUGCGCUUAUAAACCAGAAACUCUCAUACGGAUUUGGAAGCCCAUACAAGUCAAUGCCGACAGUUCUCCGCAUUUUUAAGAUGUUUGUCUGGUCCGGAGAGGCGUUCUCGGCCGAAGUCGAAAGGUUUUGGGCGGAAACGAACAAAACGCAAUUGGGAACAUAUGAUCGAGAGUAA